AUGGCUCCCGUAGCAUUUUGCAUUUGCUACAUCCUUGAUACUCUCCUUCGCCAUGCUCGUGGCCAUCAGUCGCAGAGUAAUCGUCAACUGCAAGAGAAUCAGCAGAACGGCAAAUCAUCUCCCAGACCAAAUUCGCUGAACGGCUCAGUUGAGGCCGUCCCCAGACUCGUUACUCUAUCGCAAGCCACCGACCAUAGUUCUGGCAAUUCUGCAUCACAUGCAUCACAGGGUGCCCAAGCCGGGCUGUCUCCCUUGACCAACGUAGCCUUUGCAGGAGUCCAUCAAAUAGCACCAUCCGUCACACCAGCUCAACCUGACCUGGCUGGUUUUUCAGCGCCGGCGAAUCCAACAUGGAGCACCAUUAGUCCCUCAACCGACAACCACCUCGAUAGCCUUAACAAUGUGGCUUCUGCAGACUUAAACCUCGACUGGUUCAACGACAGGCACGGCGACGAGGUCUUCCAGGAGACCUUUCUCAACUUACAGACCCCAGUAUGGCAGAUGAGCGCGGAUUUCGAACUGAACGUCUUCCAACCCUCCAUAAUCGACACACCGUUUGGAUUCCCCCUAGAUGACUUUAGUCAGCCUCAAUUGGAGCAGAUGUACCUCCCUUUCCAAUCGUCUCAAGACGCUUCUCCACCUAGAGAAGACUCUGUUCGACAACAUUGGUUUACAUUCCUAGGGCCACAUCAGCCGGAAAACAUCAUGCAAGACGCCGUUGGUGAGAAGACCAAGGUGGAUGAGACAUUUAGGGCCGGCCUAUCCCAGAGACUGCUGGCGCGAGUUCCGGCCGAACCGCUUCCAUCUGUAGACUUUCUGAAUCUCUGUAUUCAAAUGUACUUUACACGUUUCAACCCCAUCUUUCCCAUCAUCCACGCGCCGACAUUUCGGCCAUCGGCCAAAAGCUCGCUACUACUAUUGUCAAUAUGCUCUCUAGGAAGCUUGUUCCUCAGCUCUCCCUUUGCCAUUGCACAGGGCCAGAGGAUCUUCGAGCGACUCAAUAAGGCCAUGAUGGCGUCAAAUAAGUGGGAAAACGUCUUGUCCAGUGGGAAACUGGAGGCUGUGGCAAUGACGCAAGCUGGGGUGAUUGGGCAGACCUAUGCCAUGUUGUCAGGGAGGCCAAAGGACCUAUUACUAGCACAGGGGCUUCAUGGUACUGUGAUUACAUGGGCAAGGAGGUGUGGCAUAUUUCGGGAUCUGUCCAAACAUGAAGGAUGUAUUACUCCUGAUGAUGACGUGCGUGUGAAAUGGACGUGCUGGGCUAAAAGGGAAGAGCACAAUAGAGUGGCCACAGCACUCUAUAUCCACGACGCCGAGCAUUCAGCAAUCUUCAAAACUGAGCCGCUCAUGAGACAUGCCGCGUCUAAGCUCCCUCCACUGUGUUCAGACAGUCUGUGGGCAGCUUCCACUGCGGAGGAGUGGGAAAAGCUGGCCGGGAAUGCCACACAAACUGUUGGCGCACUGCAAAGUCCUCCGUCCCAGCAUGGCCACCCGCCAAACUUACAAUUACCCAUGGAUUCAGCCAACCACGAGAAGCUUUCUUUCAGGGUUUACUGUGAGCUCGAGGGAAUUACUGCGUCUAUAUCCGAAGAUAGGGUGGCAGGCACGCUGGCUGAUACUCUGAAGCAGCACGAGUUAACCCUGCUGCGGUUUCAUCAUCGGUACAUUGAGCACGGAUCCAAUAAGGGUGAUGAUCCCUUUUGUGUUGAAAUACUCUGGCAUUUGGCUUUCAUGACAUUGUUUGCCGAUAUAAAUGAGUUGGAAAUUGCUGCAGGGCGCGAGGGAUAUGAACAAUCACGGCGCCAAUCUGAACGCACCAAAGCAUGGGCACUGUCCCACAGCGCGCAAAGGUGUGCCAUACAUGGAGCCCUCAUACUCCAGAAAGCCGAGAAGAUGUGUAUUGGCGUCGAGCCGGCAAUCCAUGUGCCCCGUGCCAUGUUCUGUGCUGCUCUCAUAUGGUACUGCUAUGCCGAAUAUGGACAAGACAAUGCCGAUGAAGUAGCAACACGGAAACCCGAGUUCCCAGAGUUCAGGCAACUCGGAAUAUCUGGUGAAAGGGUUCUUUUCGAAGCACACGGAUUCAAAAGUAUGCGGCCUACACGUCUGAAAUCUAUUGUAACCACUGGCCUGCAUGAUUUGCUUGGACGCAUGGGCCAUUGGGGGAUAUCACGAAAGUUCGCCUCCUUAAUUGUAUACAUGGUGUAUGGAGACGUGCAAGGUAACUACAGAGAGAUGGCCAACACGCCGGAGAAUGGCGGUUAG